GAAAACAAUUUUUGUUAAAAAAAAAAUGUUAUGGUUUUGUAGUGUUUUCAGUUUAUUAACAUGUUUAAUAUUUUUAAUUAUAUUGCCGCAAUAUAAAGCGGAUUAUUAUUCCUCAGUAGUGGGUUUGGAGAGCCUUCUAAUCAUGGAGGAGAAUUUUAUAUCAGCCGUUGAAGACUAUAUCAGUAAUGUGCAUAAGGUUCAAAAGAAAAUUGAAAGUUUUCUUGACGAAGCCGAAUUGGAACAAAAGAGAAUGCAUAAAAGUGGUAAUAAUUAUUUCGAAGAUCCCAUAAAUGCUUUUAGUAUUAUAAAGAGAUUAGUUGUGGAUUGGAAACAUUAUGGUGAAAUUAUCGCAAUGGAAAAUGAAUUUCGAGAAUUCAAUGGAAGCUUUACAAAAGUCGAAUCAAAUUUUACCAAACCCACUGUAAAUGAUUUACAUGGAGCUGCCCGUGGUUUGUCACGUCUACAAGAAAUGUAUCAAUUGGAUACUAGCGAAUUAGCCAUGGGCAAUAUACUCGGCUACAAAUACAGUGAAGAGUUAAGCGUCCAUGAUUGUUAUGUCAUGGGUGUAGCUCUUUAUAAUUCUAGUGAGUUUUUGCCAGCAAGUGAAUGGUUUAUGCAAGCUUUAGAGAAAUUGGAUGAUAUACUAGCUGAAGGAGUAGACGAUCCCAUGGAGAAUUUUCCAUUUAUAACGUAUGUCGAUAUAUUGGAAUAUUUACAUGUUGCUCUCUUUUAUGGCGGUAAUUUAAAAUUAGCCAAAUAUAUGAAUCAGCAACUUUUAAUCUUCGAUCCAGAUAACCGUAUAGGUUUGGCCAAUAAGGCAUUAUUCGAAAAGGCCGUUUUAGAAGAAAGAAGAUUGAGAACAAAUAACAAUCCUCCAAAGAAAUCUGAACUAAAUACCUUAUAUAAUCAAGUUUGUAGAGGCGAAUUAUCGCAAACUGAUGCCGAAAUGCGUAAUUUACGCUGUCGCUAUGUUACCAACAAUAUACCUUACUACUUCAUUGGUCCCUUUAAAAUGGAGGAACUAAAUCAUGAACCGUUUGUGGCUUUUUAUCAUCAGGCCAUUUAUGACGGUGAAAUCGAACAGAUUAAAAAAGCAGUUAGAAAUAAUGUUGUAAGAUCUCUAAUAGGAAGCAAUCAGUUGUCGGAGAAACGUACGAGUAAACAGUCAUGGUUAUAUUGGAACAAACAUAAGUUUUUGAAUAAGAUUUAUCAACGUUUAGAAGACAUAACAGGUUUGAGUAUGUCGACAGGAGAAGCUAUGCAGGUGGCGAAUUAUGGCAUUGGUGGUCACUAUGCGCCACAUUAUGAUUUUGCAGUGGAUCCCAUUCAGUUAUUUGGUAAAAAUGAGAAUCGCAUACUAACGGCCCUGUUUUAUAUCAAUGAUGUUGAACUGGGCGGUGCUACCGCUUUUCCAUUCUUACGUUUAGCUGUGCCACCCAUCAAAAACAGUCUGGUCUUAUGGUACAACGAACAUAAUUCGACAGAAGUUGAUUACCGUACCAGACAUGCUGGCUGUCCAGUUUUAAAAGGAUCGAAAUGGAUUUGCAAUGAGUGGUUCCGUGAUGUGGGUCAAGAAUUCAAACGUUCUUGUGGACUUCAGCCAGUGGGUGAUAAAUACAAGCAUUUGUUUUACAUAUCAUAAUAAAGUUUAAGUAUUUUUUAUAUUAUAUUAAUUAAUUACAUUGUAUUUUAUAUAUAAAAUAAUAUAAAU